AUGGUCAACUUUACCGUGGAAGAGAUCCGUGCGCUCAUGGACAAGCCGGCAAAUAUCCGAAACAUGUCGGUCAUUGCCCAUGUCGACCACGGAAAAUCCACCCUUACCGAUUCCCUAGUCCAGCGCGCCGGUAUUAUCUCCGCCGCCAAAGCAGGGGAGCAGCGUUUUACGGAUACCCGCAAGGAUGAGCAGGAUCGAUGCAUUACCAUCAAGUCAACUGCCAUCUCCCUUUACUCCCAUAUGGCCGAUGAGGAUGAUCUAAAGGAUAUCCCUCAAAAGGUCGAGGGAAACGAUUUCCUGAUCAACUUGAUUGAUUCACCCGGCCACGUUGAUUUCUCUUCUGAAGUUACUGCUGCUCUCCGUGUCACCGACGGUGCUCUCGUUGUGGUCGACUGUGUCGAAGGUGUGUGCGUCCAAACCGAGACCGUCCUUCGACAGGCCCUUGGUGAGCGUAUCAAACCUGUUUGUAUUGUCAACAAGGUCGACCGCGCCCUUCUUGAGCUCCAGGUCUCGAAAGAGGACUUGUACCAAUCCUUUUCAAGAACCAUCGAGUCCGUCAACGUGGUCAUUUCCACAUACUUUGACAAAGCACUUGGAGAUGUUCAGGUCCAGCCGUAUCAGGGCACUGUGGCUUUCGGGUCCGGUCUUCACGGAUGGGGUUUCACUGUCCGCCAAUUCGCCGUCAAAUAUGCCAAGAAAUUCGGUGUGGACAAGUCCAAGAUGAUGGAGCGUCUAUGGGGCGACAACUACUUCAACCCAAAGACCAAGAAAUGGACCAAAGUUGGGGAGCACGAAGGCCAACCUCUAGAGCGUGCCUUCAAUCAAUUUAUCCUGGACCCAAUUUUUAAGAUCUUCGGCGCUAUCAUGAACUUCAAGAAGGACGAGAUCCCAACUCUGUUGGCGAAGCUCGAAAUCAAGCUUUCUGGUGAAGAGAAAGAUUUGGAGGGCAAGCAGCUUCUCAAAGUCGUCAUGCGCAAAUUCUUGCCUGCUGCAGACGCUCUCCUGGAGAUGAUGGUUAUUCACCUGCCGUCUCCCGUGACUGCCCAGAAAUACCGGGCGGCAACACUCUACGAAGGUCCUUCUGAUGAUGAGUCGUGUAUUGGCAUUCGAGACUGCGAUCCCAAGGCCCCACUCAUGCUUUACGUUUCAAAGAUGGUUCCGACCUCUGACAAGGGUCGUUUCUAUGCCUUUGGACGUGUUUUCUCCGGCACAGUGAGAUCUGGCUUGAAAGUCCGUAUCCAAGGCCCCAACUACAUCCCUGGUAAAAAGGAGGACUUGUUCAUUAAGGCCAUUCAACGCACCAUUCUCAUGAUGGGCCGCAACAUUGAGCCAAUUGAAGACGUUCCAGCUGGUAACAUUCUUGGAUUGGUCGGUGUAGACCAGUUCCUGCUCAAGUCUGGUACUCUCACAACAUCGGAGACCGCCCACAACCUCAGAGUCAUGAAGUUCUCUGUUUCACCUGUAGUGCAGCGAUCCGUGGAAGUGAAGAACGCCAAUGAUCUGCCAAAGCUUGUGGAAGGUCUCAAGCGCCUUUCGAAGUCAGACCCCUGCGUCCUAGCCUUCAUCAAUGAGGCAGGUGAGCACAUUGUGGCUGGUGCUGGAGAAUUGCAUCUGGAGAUUUGCCUCAAAGAUCUGGAAGAAGAUCAUGCCGGUAUCCCUCUCCGUGUCUCAGAUCCUGUCGUGUCCUACCGUGAAUCUGUCGGUGGAGUUUCAAGUAUGACAGCCUUAUCGAAGUCGCCAAAUAAGCACAAUCGUCUGUAUGUCACGGCACAGCCAUUGGAGGAAGAGGUCUCCAGAGACAUCGAGUCUGGCAAAAUCAGUCCCCGUGACGAUAUCAAGGCUCGUGCUCGUGUUUUGGCCGAUGACCAUGGCUGGGACGUUACGGAUGCACGAAAGAUUUGGUGUUUCGGUCCUGAGACGACUGGCGCCAAUUUGCUCGUUGAUCAAACCAAAGCUGUGCAAUACCUGAACGAAAUCAAGGAUUCCGUCGUCUCCGGCUUCCAAUGGGCGACGAAAGAAGGUCCUGUUGCUGAGGAGCCUAUGCGCUCGGUCCGUUUCAAUAUUAUGGACGUCACACUACACGCUGACGCUAUCCACCGUGGUGGUGGGCAGCUGAUUCCUACUACCCGGCGUGUGCUAUACGCUGCAGCUCUCCUUGCCGAGCCUGGUAUCCUUGAGCCCGUUUACUUGGUUGAGAUUCAGGUCCCCGAGCAAGCCAUGGGCGGUAUCUAUGGUGUGCUUACCCGAAGACGAGGCCACGUCUUCUCAGAAGAGCAGCGACCCGGAACACCUCUUUUCAACGUCAAGGCCUACUUGCCCGUCAAUGAAUCUUUCGGCUUCACCGCUGACUUGCGCUCGCAUACUGGUGGGCAGGCCUUCCCUCAAUGUGUGUUCGACCAUUGGCAGAUCUUACCUGGUGGUUCGCCUCUUGAUCCGUCCACAAAACCAGGUCAGAUUGUGCAGACGAUGCGAAAGAGAAAGGGUAUCAAGGAAGUCGUGCCUGGUGUUGAGAACUACUACGACAAGCUAUAG